GUCUGAUCGAACUCGCUAGUUAAUGCAGCCGUUUGACUUAACAGCAAGUUUGGGCUUCUCACUCGGAUGGCAUGUCAAUGCGCCGGAUAAGGCUCUUCAAGUCUUGCCAAAUACAUCAGAUAAGUUCAUCCCGGAUCUACUUCACCUCCCAUUUUCUUCAUAGCUCUCCUUACCCAUGCUAUUCGCCCAUAUUUCGAAGUCUGAGGUCAGAAUUUUGUUUGCCUCAAGGUAACGCAUCGGUCGACGAAUGAGUACUUGAUGUCAAGGAUAGACAGAAAGUCGGUUUAUCUUUUUUAGUAUAGCCAACUACGUUGCGAAGUCACAACAUGUCACAAACGUUAAGAGAUGCGGGUCCACGUCCCAUGCUACAUGCAACACCAUCUCUAGCAGCCAGUGAACGCCGGAGCGUGUUGAGUGUGCGAUCCUUCGCUGCUUUUGAAGAAGAUGAUGUGGAAGAAGAAGACGGAGUUACAAUCUCUGAUAUCUUUAAGAGACGAUCAAGCUUAGGAACCCCUGUUGCCGAAACUGUUGCGUCUCCCGUGACAUUUAGGAAGAUAUGGGCAGGAACAGCAAACCUGGCGCAUUUCAACGGAGUAUCUCGAGGGCUAAUACGUUCUAAGAGCAUCCAGAGCAAUCCCGAGUGUAACCAAAUGGGUCUGAUAACUGCGCCGGAGUCUAGUAACCCAAAAUCUGCAGAGACUCGCUCAAACUCGAGUCCAGCUAGAAGCCUUUUGUCCCAUUCAAUGAAAUCUGAGGUCAACUCCUCGUUUUCAUCAUUGCCUGCUGCGCAUAGCGGUGCAUUACACGGGCUGCAGAUUAAGGGGUUCAUAGACGAUGACGGGCUCAAGCCCUUGACAGAAGAAGAAUUCGAUUCAGCCUCGUUUAACCUCAUCUCACCAGCGAACGGCUCGACUCAGUAUUCACUAGAGGCGAGGUCAGAUAUUCUCUUUUCGAUAGAUCACCUAAAGGUGAUAUUCAAUAAUCCGCCUCUACUUCGAACGUUUGUAGAGUUUCUCCAUACCAUCAGGCCAAAAUCUAUCCCUCUGCUAGUGCACUACCUGGAUGUACUGAAAGCCUUGAAGGCCAUCAAGUACUCAAACAUGAUUGUACAAUCCUCAGCUUCUAUCGAAGCACUAGAGUUUAACAAUCAGGCUAUUCCCGACACCAACAACCAAUCGCUCCUAGCCAGGGCCAACGAGAUAUUUCAAGUUUUAGCUAGGGAAUAUUUACCUGCGUAUAUUACCCACGUCUGGGUUCAGAUAGUGAGCGUGACUAUAAAGAGACGGGUCACAGAUACACUACCGGUCCACCUUAGAGACCUCUCCGAAGGAUUGGCUGAGGUUUUCUGCUUGACAGACCCAUCAAGGCAUGGCAAUCCCAUUAUUUUUGCUAGCGAAGAAUUUCACAAAAUGACAGGGUAUGGGGUGAACUACGUUUUAGGCCGAAAUCCUCGUUUCCUUCAAGGGCCUCGCACAGAGCCAUCAAGCGUGAGGAGGAUUAGGGAGCACCUGGAAGCGGGAAAAGAACAUUGCGAGGUCUUCCUAAACUACCGGCGUGACGGAUCUCCGUUCAUGAACCUCCUCAUGGUCGCACCUCUUGUUGACAGUUGUGGCAUUGUUCGAUAUCAUAUUGGAGCUCAGAUUGACGUAUCGGGUCUAGCAAAAGAAUGUGCAGGUCUGGAUUCACUCAGGCAGCUUCUUGCCCAGCAUCACGAUGAACCCAAAUCAGACAACGGCGAGGCCCCGAGGACUCGUGAAUACGCCAUGGGGAGUUUCCGUGAACUUGCAAGAAUGUUCAGCUCCGAGGAACUAAAAGCGGUUCAAGAAGUAGGUGGUUCUCGCAUUGAAAAUGUGGAAGAUAUCAUCGUGACUAGAUCGAAUCGGCGGAAACCAAGACAUCUGAUGACAGACGAUGCCAAGCCAGAACACCCCAAAACUGAUGCUGCACCUAAUAUGUCGGCCUCGUCAAGUGACCGCCUAGGCAGCGUGUAUGAGAACUAUCUGCUGGUGCGCCCGUACCCAAGCCUCCGGAUCCUGUUUGCUUCGCCGUCUAUGCGGAUACCAGGUAUUCUGCAGAGCCACUUCAUGUCCCGAGUCGGAGGGUCACAAGCCACCCGCGAAGCAAUUGUCCAGGCCUUCGCCGACGGUCAUGGCGUUACCGCCAAGAUCCGCUGGGUGACUAGGACGGAUAGCCAUGGGAAAGGAAGAUGGAUCCACUGCACGCCUCUGCUCGGUGCCAAAGGGGUUAUCGGUGUGUGGAUGGUGGUCCUUGUUGAUGACGAAGCAGACGCUACGCUUAGACGUUCUCGAGAGGCCCCCCCUGUGGACUUGCAUAUUGGGGGACAGAAACCAUUUGACGGAGACGGCUAGAGUGGGAAAUUUACAGCCCAAUGGCUGUUUUUAUUUUGACCUUUCAUGUUUUCUUCUGCUUAGGUGUGUUAGAAUUUUAAGUGCUCCUCGGAUAUCAUGAUGAUGGCUAUAGUCGGACACGUUCAAGGACCCUGACU